AUGACUACUGCCGAGGUUGCCACCUGUACUGGUCCUCAACGCAUCAAGCAAUUUCUAUGGCUUGUCGCGAAAGAGCGGCUUUUGACAAAUGGUGAGCGGCAUUGGCGUCAUCUGGCGGACAACCCAUUAUGCAAGUUGUGUCGAACUCCUUUGGAGACGACACUUCAUGUGCUACCCGAUUGCGAGUUCCCGACACAAUUCUGGAAUAAGAUAAUCCCUCGUUCACGUUGGGCAACUUUCUACGGAAUGGAGCUGGGUACGUGGUUAGAAACAAAUUUGUCUAAGAAGUUAGAUCUUUUAGAUGAAAACUGGGAUGUUUCAUUUGGUGUCAGCUUGUGGCGGCUUUGGCAAGGGCAGAAUAAUUGCAUUUUUAAUGGUCUUGAUCCUUUGGUGGAUCGAAAAAUUUACGAUGUUCGCAACUACGUUGCUUCUCUAAAGAAAGCGACUUCGAGUUGCCUGCAUCUAGGGCAAAAUGGGCUCCGGCGUUUGGACCACAUGAUCUGGUGCUAA